AUGCUGAACAAUGUCGAGGAUGAAAAUUAUGGUAUUGUGAUUGACUCAGGAUCAUCUGGAUCUAGAGUUCAAAUUUAUAAAUGGGCUAACCCAAAGACGCAGUCAAAGUCGAAAGAUCCAAUGGUGCUUCAAUCACCUCCCAAAAUUUCACUACGUAAAGAUUGGACGAAAAAGAUAACACCAGGGAUAUCCACUUACAAAUCUAAGAGCCAAAUUAAACAAAUAUGGCCUAAGCAUUAUUCAGAGUUGAUGAAAUUUGCCGAGGGCAUCAUACCAAAUGAAAAGCACUCCGAGACUCCAGUAUUUGUUCUAAGUACUGCAGGGAUGAGAUUAUUGCCAAAGAAGACCAGAAAGAACAUUCUAGCAGAGACAUGCUCAGGCAUUCAGAAAAAUACAAAUUUCUACGUACCUGAUUGUGAAAACUUUGUCCAAACCAUCGAUGGUUCUACGGAGGGCAUUUAUGGAUGGUUGGGAUUGAACUACUUGAUGGGUCAGUUUAAUCAUUACGACCCCAAACUGGACUUUCAUGAAUCCAUCGGCUUUAUGGAUAUGGGCGGAGCUUCUACGCAAAUUGCUUUCGUUCCAUCUUCUAAGGAUCAAAUUGAAAAGCACAACAACGAUCUUUCCAAGGUGACGCUACGAAACAUCAAUGGUCAAACUCAGAAGUGGAGUGUUUUUGUUGAAACGUGGCUUGGAUUUGGUGCAAACGAAGCAAGGAGAAGAUUUAUUGAACUGAUGAUCAACUUAUCGAUGGUUAAUGAGAAACAAAAUAACAACAUUAAUGAUCCUUGCUUGCCAAAAGGUGCCACUUUAGACUACAGUCUAAAUGGUAAAUCAUACAAGAUAUCUGGUGUGGGAAACUACGAGAUGUGCAUCAAAUCGAUCUACCCAUUGUUGAUGAAAUCCAUACCUUGUGAAGAUGAUCCUUGUUUGUUUAAUGGAAUACAUGGGCCCAAAAUGGAUUUCGAAAGGGACAAAUUUAUUGGAAUAUCAGAAUAUUGGUAUACAGCCAAUGACAUUUUCCAUAGCGGUGGUGAAUACGAUUACAAAGCGUUCAAUAUCAAAGUAAAGGAGUUUUGUGAAAACAAUUGGGAUACAAUAUUGCUGAAUGCAGCUAAAGGGGAGUAUUCAAAUCUCGACCCGGAUAAAUUUUUGAAAGAUGCAUGUUUCAAAGCAAGCUGGGUCAUGAACGUGCUUCAUGAAGGAUUUGAACUUCCUCGUAUUGGUUUUGAAACCAGUUCGGAUGAUCAAAACAACAAGCAAACAGAUGACGUCACAGGAAAACACGUACCAUUCAAAUCAGCAGACUCUGUAGGCGGAGAAGAGCUAUCGUGGACAUUGGGAAAGAUGUUGUUGUUUGCUUCCUCUCAAAUAGAACCGUCCAAUCAAAAAGGCAGUUUGGAAAUUGGCAUUUACCCGAGUGAAAUAUCGGGGAAGCAAUUUGUUCCCGGUGGAGCCCUUGGCAAAGACCAUAUUUCGGAUUAUGACAGCGAUGACGAAAAUGAUUCCCCAUUGGGCAUGGCAUUUUACUCACUUGUUGUAUUUUGUCUCCUUGGGUAUAUAUUGUACACUUUUACCCCAACUCACUUUUUGAACUGGAAAGGAAAAAUACGGAGGUUCAGAGUUCCAGUACUAGCUAGGAAGAGUCUUACGCAUAUCGCCUCCAAGAUCCCUGGGUUCGACAGUUUAAUUAACAAAUUUGCACUAUACGAUCGUAUCGAUCAAAAUAUUUCCUUAGAGGAAGGCGUUGGGCCCAAUGUUGUCAAUUCGCCACCUUCGUUACAAGAAACUGAUCCCACUUCUGGGGCGUCUGUUCUACGCACCAGACUGGCUAUUGGCUUAGAUGGAGAAUUUGAUCAUUCAUCGAUCCAGAAGUACAGUUCUAAGGGCCCCCUUUCCCACACAAACAAGUAUAAUCCAAAGAUAAAUGAUUUUUUGAGUAGACCAUUUGUUGUUCCAAAAAAGAGCUCAUUCUAUCAAUCUUCAGAGAGAAAUAGCAGAGAGUCGUUAUCAAGGAGCUUGAGUAAUUUAUCUUCCCAUAGAUCUAAACCAUCCAUAGACUAA